AUGGAUCCAAAGGAAAAGUUCUAUCGUCACUUUCGUGACAGCGUCGAAGGUCUCCAAGACCAGAUUGCUCAAUUAACAAAUCUAUCCUCCAUCGGCGGCGAGCGUCAAGAUGCCACAGACAACAUCCUCGCCGGCAUCAGCAAGCUCCAGAAUGAAGUUGCCGAUGCCGCCGAGUUCACGCCUGCAUACGACCGACGCCAGUAUUCAGAUGCAAUCAAAGGCCUACAAGAUAAGCUUAACGAGACACUUGCCAAGUUUGCACCCAAGACGAGAUUCCAGUUUAGGCGCACUGGAACAGACCAUGUCGACAUGGGCGCACCAGAGAACGAUCCGCGGUUGAACCCGGGCAGCUUAUCUCGACGUCCGCAUAGUCCAACGAGUGCCCCCGGGGCAGCGAGCAGCAUGAUGGAGGAGAACCGGGGUAUUGUGGGCGAUUUGUUAUCCACGGGCAAGAAUUACAAUGAGGAGCUAGCCAAGCCAGAUCUCUCUUCCAUCCGAAAGCCCAGCUUCUCUGCCGCUCAGAGUAUUGACAUAUCCGAACACAACGGCCUCCAUAUCAUCCUUCCGUCUUCGGCAUCGCGAGCCACCGCAGCGGGCUGUCUACGGGAUCUCAAAAACUGUGUCAUUGAUCUUUCGAUACCCACGGCCCAGGGCGCACCAUUCCCAGGUCUUAUACUGAAGGAUAUCGACAGAUGUCUCAUUGUGGCAGGCCGAGUGAACGGGCCCAUCCAUAUCAACAACGUGACUAACAGCAUUCUCGUCGUUGUGGCGCGGCAGGUUCGCAUUCAUAACUGCAAGAACGUUGAUAUCUACUUGCACUGCGCCAGCCACCCCAUUAUCGAGGACUGUUCGGGCAUGCGGUUUGCUCCUUUGCCAGAGUGUUAUCUGACGGAGGCCGACAAGUCGAUCGAGAAUCAGUGGGAUCAGGUUGAUGACUUCAAGUGGCUGAAGACUACCCCGAGUCCGAAUUGGGCCACCCUUUCCGAGGCCCAGAGGCUUUCCGAGGAAGUGUGGACGAAAAUUGUGCCGGGACAACCGGGCAUUGGUGUCGAGAAAGUACUGGCCAAGGUUGGAAUUCCGCCAAAGUAA